GUCUCGGUCCAUGCAAAAAAAGCCAUCUUGACCUCACACUUGGUCAAUAAUUCAUAUAUAUUUACGAGCAUAUAUUUUCUCCCAAACAAUACAAGCUGCUGCCAGAUACAAUAAAAGUGUCUGCAAUUUGACAAGACGGACGUCCAAGAACACCAAGGAAAAACUACAAAGGUAAAGCUCUCUCUACUUGUGUUGUGUACUCACCAUGAACUUCAACAGCUGGAACUGGUUCUGGAGUGUGUGUUUUGGAGUGUCAGCAGUUGUAAUCAUUAUUAGUAACUCCCUGUCAAUUGCAGUUCUUGUCAAGGGAAGGUUUCGCAAACGUUCUCUUUACCUGUUAAUCGAUUUGGCAAUAGCUGAUCUCCUAGUUGGAUUAUUUGCAGUACCGAUUUAUAUGAUCACAGUCAUCUCUGAAGACAAGUUCAUGCCAGGAGUCGUUCUUGAUAGUGUCGAUAUGUUUACAGGUCUCUCCUCCAUUUUCACAUUGACUGUUAUUUCUCUUGAACGACUCUUUGCCAUCAGUCGGCCACUUCGUCAUCGGCAGUUAUCCUCUCAUAGCUACGCCAUUGCCAUAGCAACGCCAUGGAUCCUCUCCCUCGCGGUGACUUCAGUUCGAGUGUUACAGCACUAUUCAAUCGUGGCAAAUCACCAGAUUUUCACAGUUAUUACUAUCAGUUUGUCUACUUCUUUGCUAAUAACGUGCACUUCUUACUGCGUCAUCUGGCGUAAGCAGACUUCCCGCAUACAAAACGGAGUAAGAGCGAGGACAGAGGCGAGGAUGUCUAAGAUAUUGUUUUUGAUAACAGGAACAUUUGUGUUGACUUGGCUACCAUUCAAAGUUCUAUUAGUUGUAGUAAAUAUGUGUGUGCCGUGUAGUAGAAAAAUGCUCGCUGUGGUCGUUUUUGUACUGAAACUCCUUCAGUUCAGUAAUUCGUUUAUCAAUUUUUUGAUUUAUUGUCUAAGAAUGCCAGAUUACAGAAAAGCUGUUUCACAACUAUUUUCCAGUGCAAAUCCCGCGGUCACUCCAAUAAUCCUGAGGUUAAUACGUUAGGCAAUAGCCGAACAAAUAUCGCACUAAUCCACUUUUCAAGUGCACUGUCUUUAUAUGAUGUUCUAGCAACUCAUGCCAUGAUUAUAAUCCAGCUGAUAUAAUGCAAUUGUAACGCUUGGAGAAAUAAAUAUCUCGUAGAUUUUUGCUAGUUUAAUUUAUGAAUAGCAACUACUGUGAGUAUGUUACUUGUUCACUUUCUUUAAAAAAAAGUAAAAUUGCUACCGCGAUAUUUUCCUAUGUACCAUGUAUUUGGGUAAAUAUGAAGUAAUAAAUAACCGU